AUGCCAAUGAGCCGCGAGGGCGUGCGGCUGUGUGACCCCUCGAGCCCCGCUCGGCCCCGUCCUCACCCCACAGCCCACAGCCAGCCGGGGGUGUCCGCGGGGCUGGGGGGCGCCGCCGAGGAAGGAAGCGGCCUGCCCGGCUGCCCGGGGCCCUGUGGCUCCGGGGGCCGAAGCGCUUGCCAUCGAGGUCUGGGGACACAUCCCGGCCAGCCCCCCGCCGGGGCUGGGCCCGGAGACGCCCAGGGGGCCCGCUGCACCCUGGGCCAGCACACCCUGGCAGACCCGCCGCGGCGAGGGGGCUCCGUCCCGGCCCCCGGCGAGCGGGAGGCCUUGCACCCCUGUGCCCCGGGCAGUGGUUUGGCUGAGGGUCCCCACGGCCGCACCGACCGCAUUGGGGGAGAGAAGCCCAGGGUCCCCAUCCUGGUCUUUCGCAGCAGCUUCGAGCAGGACUGUGGAGCCCCUGCCUGCCUGUGUGGCCCCCCGGGGGUGCAGGGCCCCGGCCCAGGCCCGGCGGACCCCCGGCCGCGGGUGCUGAUCGGCUGCGUGACGUCCCUGGUGGAGGGGGCCGGCUACAUCAGCCAGAGCACCUACUUCUCCCUGGACAGCGUGUGUGAGGGUUUCGAGCCCUGCAAGGGAGACUGGGUGGAGGCCGAGUACUGGAUCCGGCCGGGCGCCUGGCGCAGCGAGGCCGUGUCCGUGAGGCCGCUGAGAUACAAGCGCGUGGACAAGGUCUGCAUCUCCAGCCUCUGUGGGCGCAACGGGGUGAUCGACGACAGCAUCUUCUUCACGCUGGACUCCCUGAAGCUGCCCGAGGGCUACGUGCCCCGACGCCAGGACGUGGUCAGCGCGGUGGUGGUGGAGAGCAGCCAGUCCUGCUACUCCUGGCGGGCCCUGUGCAUGACGCCCGAGUGCCCACGGGAGGCGCCCGUGGGGGAGGGGCCUUCCAAGGAGGCCUGCAGCGCCCACCUGCUGAGCGACAAAGGCGACAUGGCCGUCACCAGGGCGACCAGCUUCGGGACGCUCCGGGAAGGCGGCAGCAGGGACCUGGGCAUCUGGAUAGAGAACAGAGGUGCCGUCCCGCAGAGCCUGGUCAGCUGCAAGCUGGCCGGCUGGGAUAAAGCGAAGCAAUUCAGAUUUCGAAAGCUGGACAGAGACCCCACCUGCCCGGGGGCGUCCCCGGUGUCCGACCCUGAGGGGGAGAAGCCCUCCUCAGACACGAGCGUCCCUGUGGCUGACGGCCGCCAGGAAAGCAAGAGCCUGCCGGCGCCGGCGUUGGGGGACGGUGUGGACAGUGCCGGCGAGCUCCCGCCAGGUAGCCGCCCAGCGCUCAGGCUGCUGCCGUUGGGGGCAGGCGUCCUGCCUGUGAGCCCUGCCGGCGGCCUCCACGGCCCUGCCGGCUCCCGGGCCGGCGCCCACCGCUCGCCACUGACCUCCCCAGCAGGUGACUGUGCCGGUGGGGGGCCGCAUGGGGAGCCGGACCAGGGGGUCUCCGGGCAGCAGGCGGCGGAGCCCAGUGGACUCAUCCCCCCUGGCGGGAAAGUCCUGCUCGUGGUCACCUGCCACGCCAAGAACCCGGGGCGCUGCAGGGAGCUGCUGCUGCUCUGCUUCUCCCACUGCGUCGUGGGGCGCCUCCUGGAGGUGAGCGUGGUCAGCGGGCAGGAGGCGCUGCUGGCCGCGCGGGAGCCCUUCUCCUGGAGGAAGUCGCGGAGCCCCCCCGCCCCCGCCGCCGCCAAGACCACCGUGGUGGUGACCACACAGAAGAGGAACUCGCGGCGGCAGCUGCCCAGCUUCCUGCCCCAGUACCCGAUCCCAGACCGGCUGCGCAAGUGCGUGGAGCAGAAGAUUGACAUUCUGACCUUCCAGCCGCUGCUGGCCGAGGUGGGCGCCUCGCCUCUGCCCGGCCCCCAGCCCCGCCGGGUCACCCCUGGGUCGCGCCCGUGGUUCACAGGGACCCAGAAGGGGCCCCAGGGGGUGCUGGGCACAAGGGUGGGGGCGGUCCCCCCAGGAGGGAGCCAGGGAGGACAGGUCUGUCCUGGGCACGGUGGCACUAGCCCCACCCGUGCUUCCGCCAGCCAGCGCGGCCCUGCGUUUGGCUCUCGCUCCGCCGUCCUCGCAGCGGGGUUUGGGGCGUCCCGGCCCACCCUGCGCCGUGCCUUCGGCUCCUCCCCUGGCCCGAGCCCCCACGUUCUUCCUCGGAAAGCCGCGGGUGGCCACCGCGCUCCGAGGCGUGGGCGUGACCGGCCCAGGCCCUGGGCAAGCCGACUUCCCGCCCGGCCUGCGUGGUGGCCGCCAGCGCGGACUCGAGGCGGGCCUGCUGUCCCCUCCCGCAGGACCACCAGCCGACGCUGUCACUUUGCGCUGGAGCAGGCCGUGCACCUGGGUGUGAAGGGUAGGACCCCCCGCACCCCAGCCAAGUCGCGCGUUGGGCCCACGUGCCCUGCCGCCCAGGCUGGCGCUUUCCAAGGACAGUGGCCGCGCGGCCGGGUACUGCGGGACCGAGAUGUGCCCCCGGCCUCUCAGGGGCGUCGUUUGCAGCACCCCAAGCCCCAGCAGAGCUGGCCUGGAUGUCCUAGCCUGAAGCUCGGCCAGACGGUCGCGGGGGCCCGGCGGGCAGGGGCAACCGCGGCCCGGGGCCGGGAGCGGGCGGGAGUGAGGACGCCUCCCGCGCAGAUGGUCCUGGACGCCAUCAAGCCCUACUGCAAGGAGGGGGAGGACAUCUGGCGGGCCUCUCGCUACCGCGUGGUCAUCACCACCUGCAGCAGCGCCGGCCUCUUCUACCAGAUUGGCGUGAGGGUCGGCCACUUCACCCACGUGUUUGUGGACGAGGCGGGGCAGGCCAGCGAGCCCGAGUGCCUCAUCCCGCUGGGGCUGGUCUCGGACGUCAGCGGCCAGAUAGUCCUCGCGGGCGACCCCAUGCAGCUGGGCCCGGUCAUCAAGUCGCGGCUGGCCAUGGCCUACGGGCUGCACGUGUCCAUGCUGGAGCGGCUCAUGUCCCGGCCGGCCUACCUGCGGGACGAGGACGCCUUCGGGGCCUGCGGCGCCUACAACCCCCUGCUGGUGACAAAGCUGGUGAAGAACUACAGGUCCCACUCGGCCCUGCUGGCCCUGCCGUCCAGGCUGUUCUACCACCGCGAGCUCGAGGUCUGUGCGGACCCGGGGGUGGUAGCCGCCCUGCUGGGCUGGGAGAAGCUGCCCAAGAAGGGGUUCCCGCUCAUCUUCCACGGCGUCAGGGGCAGCGAGGCGCGGGAAGGGAGGAGCCCGUCCUGGUUCAACCCCGCCGAGGCCGUCCAGGUCAUGCGCUACUGCUGCCUGCUGGCCCGCAGCCACGCCCGCCGGGUGCUGGCCGGCGACAUCGGCGUCAUCACCCCCUACCGGAAGCAGGUGGAGAAGAUCAAAAUCCUCCUGCGAAACGUGGACCUGACGGACAUAAAGGUGGGGUCGGUGGAGGAGUUCCAGGGCCAGGAGCACCUGGUGGUCAUCAUCUCCACGGUGCGGUCCAACGAAGACAGAUUUGAGGACGACAGGUACUUCCUGGGCUUCUUGUCCAACUCCAAGAGGUUCAACGUCGCCAUCACCAGGCCCAAAGCCCUGCUGAUUGUGCUGGGGAACCCCCACGUCCUGGUCCGGGACCCCUGCUUCGGGGCGCUGCUGGAGUACAGCAUCACCAACGGCGUGUACACGGGGUGCGACCUGCCCGCCGAGCUGGAGUCCCUGCCUGCGGCCGAGCUGGACGCCGCGCGCGAGACGCAGCCGCGCCGCCUCAGGGCCCUGCACCCCUCAGCCGGGCACCACGGCCCUAAUAAACACUGCAGCGGACCCCGGCGUGGCUUUGUGGGGGGAGCGGACCCUGGCGUGGCCUUUGCGGCUGCUGAUGCUGCCGCCCCCCCCGUCCGGGGCGGCGGCCUGUGGCCAGGGCCCGAGCGACCGCGUCUGGAGGGCCAGGAGGGGUGGGGCAGCCUCUACGGGGGCGUCUCGCAGGUGAAAUGUGGGGUCCUGCCGUGGGUGGUCACCUGGAGAUCACCUGGCUGCCCCCGGGGCCGCCUUGUGCACCUGGCGCUGCUGGGUGAGGCGGCCACCUGGGACCACUGCCAGUGGCUGGGGCCGCCGAUGGCAGCGGUGGGGCCCCACAGUAGCUAG